GGAGACUUCCAGUAACUUAUGUCGUCCGAUAGCCUCGAUAAGUUCGACGCAGGCAUUCCUGGUCAUAAUAAAGAGAAACCCCGGAAAACGUCCGGACAUUCAGGUGUGCUUAUGCAUCUCUUCGGCCAACCUUCCUCAAUAGCGACAAAUUGGCCCCCCGUGAUGGACUACAUCCUCGGUUCAACCAAGCUAUGUCUGCCGAGAAACCCUACCAUCUCCCAUUCCUGCGAUGUCAUUCCACCGUUCAUUUACAGUAUAGAAAUCGUGGCAUUUCUGACAAUAUGGUACUGUAAUACAAAUUCCAUGCCCUCAUACAAGCCUACUUGAACCACUCACAUCAGUAGGGCUCCGAAAUGAAUAAAUGAAUAUGAAUGUUGAAGAUCCCGGUGGCUGAAA